AUAUAGCUGCCUACACUAUGCGUGAGCAAUACUACAUCGUCAAGACCCGUAAUCAAACAGUACAUGAGUUUAGAGGAAAGAUGAACAAGUGCUUGCGUUCUCCGUUUCGUAGGGAAUGUGUCUGUAUUGAUCUUCCAUAUGGCUUUCGAUAACAAUCAGUGCGCAUGACAGUCGGCUGCAGUGCGGAAGCGCUAAAAACGUGAGACAACACAGUGGACAGGUGCCAGAACACACGGACACCAUUUUAACAAGCUGAGUAGGCCGACAGCAGUGAUGUCCAACAGUCUAUAACAGGUGCAGACUUUGAUGAUAGACAGCGGAGCUAUGAUGUUGUAUAGCUUCUAGUCAUAAUCUACCCCGACACAUACCAACACAUCUCGACACAUAAACAUGUCGCAAGCCCCAGUACGCCUCAGUGGAGAACAGAUCGAUGGCUCCAUGCCAGUACGAGAUUGGGGGUCAUUUGUCCGAUCACACGCCCCAAGUGAUGCUGAACUCUCAGAUCACAGAAAACAAGGGUCAGUGUACAUUGGAUUACAGUUACCACGACGACGUCAUCGUCGUAGACAUCAUAAACACCAUAGACGAGAGCCAGGGGAUCAGAGAAUUCCCAAAGAAGACAUCACUGAUGAACCUGAUGUUGAAAAUGACAUUACAAAGUCAGCCACGCCCCCCUCCCAGCGAGUCCAGUACAUCCUCGGUGAGGAGGAAGAGGAUGAAGAACAUCGUGCCCACGACCUCUUCUGUGAGAUGGCCGAACUAUUUUUCCAUGGCGAUGAGAUGGAGUGGAAGGAAACUGCCAGAUGGGUGAAAUUUGAGGAGGAUGUUGAGGAGGGUGGAGAGAGGUGGUCGAAGCCUCAUGUGGCCACGCUGUCUCUCCACUCCCUGUUCGAACUCCGAUGCUGUAUUAUGACAGGCACCAUCAUACUGGACAUGGAUGCUGUCAACAUUGAACAGGUCACAGAUAUGAUUCUGGACAAUAUGAUUGCAUCAAAACAACUAGAAGAAACACUAAAGGACCAGGUACGUGAUGUCAUCCUCUGCCGACAUCAUCAUCAGAACGAGAAACGUCAUCGACGUGAUGACAACUCCAGCAAAAUCCACCUGCCAAUCAUCCGUUCCCUGGCUGACAUUGGAAAAAAGUAUUCCGAGCCAAAAGGACUCGCUCAUCAGGGAGGUGAGCCAGUUAGUGGAGAUCAACUAAAUCCAGUUGAUGACCGUAUUGGAGCCAAAAGUACACCCAACAUGUUACGUGUGGCCAGCAAUGCGAGUGGUGGUGGGGAGACAACUGAGGGUGGCAACAAUCUCCCGUCCAACAACUCGUUCGUUCACUCUCACCAUACAGACAUCCCAGAGAAUGCAUCUCACAAGGCUGGGACAAAUUCUGUGGACAAAACACAUAUGAAUCUGCACUUCAUGAAGAAGAUCCCCCCUGGUGCUGAGGCCUCCAACAUCCUUGUAGGAGAGGUGGACUUUCUCAAUCACCAGAUUGUCGGCUUCGUCCGCCUCACCAAGGCAGUCCUACUGGGGGACCUCACUGAGGUGCCAGUGCCAACACGGUUCCUGUUCGUGCUUCUUGGGCCGACCGGAAACCAGAAUAAGUAUCAUGAGCUUGGACGGUCUAUUGCAACUCUCAUGUCUGAUGAGAUUUUCCACGAUGUGGCCUACCAUGCCAGAAAUAAAGAGGAUUUGCUGGCUGGCAUUGAUGAGUUCUUGGACCAGGUGACGGUGCUGCCACCUGGCGAGUGGGACCCAAGCAUCCGUAUCGAGCCCCCAACCAACGUACCGUCCCAGGAAGGCAGGAAGACAGCCUCAGCUGGCCCUCCACAGCCAAAUGGCAAAGUGAUCAUUGAAGAGGAGGCAGACGAACACAACGACCCAACACUGCAAAGAACUGGCAGGAUAUUUGGUGGCCUGCGAGACGACAUUGCACGGAAAUUUCCAUAUUGGGCGAGUGACUUCAAGGAUGCACUCAGUGUACAGUGUAUAGCAUCCUUCAUUUUCCUCUACUUCGCCUGUUUGACACCAAUCAUCACUUUUGGAGGGCUGCUCGCUGAUGCCACUGACAACAACAUGGCAGCUCUUGAAAGUAUCCUGGCCGGUGCCAUCUGUGGAAUUGUGUACUCACUGUUUGCUGGGCAACCCCUCACUAUACUGGGUAGCACAGGACCUGUGCUGGUGUUUGAGACCAUCCUCAACCACUUCUGUCAUGAGAAUGAUCUAGACUACCUCCAGCUGCGAUUGUGGAUUGGUUUGUGGACUGGGAUCAUCCUCAUAUUUAUGGUAGCCUUCGAUCUCAGCGCCCUGGUCCGAUACAUAACCCGCUUCACAGAAGAAAGCUUUGCUGCCCUCAUUUCCCUUAUCUUCAUUAUCGAGGCUUUCAAGAAGCUGUUUCACAUCCUGGACGAGGACCCUGUCAACCUCAAACCAGACGAUCCUCUGGACUAUAGGUGUUUCUGCAUACCUGUAAAUACUACAUAUAACGUCACCAGUGAAUGGUUUAACCGUUCCAAGCCCACAGUGUACCUGGAUGAGAACCAAACCUUAUUGUUAAACUGGGACACUCUUAUGAAAGACAACUGUUCUAAGUUCAAUGGAACCAUGGAGGGCCCAGGAUGUGGCGUUCCUAAUUACGUUGCUGACGUCUUCUUCUUCUCCUUUAUUCUCUUUCUGGGGACUUUCACGAUUGCAAUGGUGCUGAAGAUGUCGCGCAACAGCUCAUUCUUCCCCACAAUGGUGCGGUCUGUUGUAAGUGACUUCGCUGUACUUAUCGCCAUCGUCGCCAUGCUUGUUGUUGACAUUGUUGUGGGUCUCAACACCCCCAAACUAGAAGUACCAGAAACAUUCGCUCCAACGAAUCCCAACAGGAACUGGGUGGUGUCGCCUAUUGGUCGCAACCCCUGGUGGACAGCGAUAGCAGCAGUCAUCCCCGCUCUCGCCACCAUCCUCAUCUUCAUGGAUCAGCAGAUCACCGCCGUCAUUGUCAACAGGAAGGAGAAUAAGCUGGUGAAAGGUCAUGGCUACCACCUUGAUCUGCUGCUUGUGGCAGCUCUGAUCAUUGUAAACUCCUUCAUGGGCUUGCCCUGGUUCGUUGCUGCCACCGUGCUCUCCAUCAACCAUGUCAACAGUUUGAAGAAGGAGUCGCAGUGCUCAGCCCCAGGGGAGAAACCCAGGUUCCUGGGGGUCAGGGAACAGAGAGUCACAGGAGUCAUGAUCUUCUUGAUGAUCGGCCUCUCUGUGCUUCUCACGUCCAUCCUCAAGUAUAUCCCCAUGCCGAUUCUGUAUGGUGUGUUCCUGUACAUGGGUGUGUCCUCACCGGGCAUGGAGCUGGUGGACCGUGUGAUGAUCCUCUUCAUGCCGGCCAAGUACCAGACUGACCUCAUGUACCUGCGACAUGUGCGCAUUGGAAGGGUUCAUAUGUUUACAGCAGUUCAGAUUCUCUGUCUGUCUAUUCUGUGGGUCAUCAAGACUAUCAAGAAAAUAUCCAUUGCUUUUCCAAUAAUGGUGCUGGCCAUGUGCUUUGUGAGGAAAGGCAUGGACUAUGUCUUCACCCAACGUGAACUCAAGUGGCUGGACGACAUCAUGCCCGAGUCCCACAAGCGGGCACAGGAGGACGAGGAAAAACAGAAGGAGGAGGAGAGAUUAAGCAUGGUGGAUGGAGUGGGUGGUGGCAUGACCGGAAACUCUUUCACCAUGGCAAUAUCCACGGAUCCUAACCUCGACUCGGUGAAUAUCUCUGAGGAGAUGGCCAAGACUGCCCUGUGGAAGACCAUUGUAGCCAACGACUCCUCCUCCAACCUCAUCUCUGAUGUGGAGCACCGAUCCAGCUCCAAGAAGAAGAAGAAGCAUGGCAAGAAGAAGCACAGUGAGAAAGACCACGAGUCUCUUCCACCAAUCCCAGGCAGCCCACAGGCCGUGUCAGAGGAGGACGAAGAGGAAGAGGAACACCCACGGUCACCACCAAAGAAGAAGGGUCAUCCAGUUAAAUUUUACAUCGAUGAUGAUGGCCCAGAAGAGAAAGAAUCUCUAAUUAAGACCCCACAAAUUGUUGUGGACCCUCCAAGUGACAUUGGGAACUUGAGUUCUCCAGAUAAUGAGGAUACUAAAGUGUAAAUAAGUUUUCUUUAGGUCAACUUGUUUUGUAUAUAGUAGAACUAACCCAAGUUUUGGAAUGUGUGGAAGGGCGAUAACUGAUAAUCAAAGGGGGGUAACUCCAAUAGUUAAUCAGGUGAUGAAAACUGCAUUGUCGAAAUGAGUGAUGUUAAAGAGGCUAUGCAUCAGUAGUGUGAAUGUAACACAUGAGUGCUGUCAAGGUCAAUGAAUUCAUAAUGCCUCCUUGUAGUAUUUGAAUGUCAAGGUCAUGGCUCGACCUACUUAUGGUAAUGGACUGCUGAUCGAGAAUUGCAAGCGAUAACAUCAGUGAAUGUUUCGUGAAACUGCAAGUGGGUGACUCAACAAGCCCUGACAUAUAUCACACAAAUUCAUCAAAAGGUUUUCGUUUGUUUCAAAACAUUGUGCUGAUAGUCACUUUCAGUUAAGACUGUCACCUGUUGGGUGCUGCAACAGUUUUUAAAGGCUGUGUCUGAUUCUGCAAGGUUUGAAGUGCAGAUUAACUCUGAGGAUGAUCCCUGGACUUCAUACCAGUGCUCACAGAUUCACCCCGAAAAUCUACAACCUAUAUUAUGUUGGGCUAUCCAUUCAUAUGAAGCUGACAAUGUGAUAUUACAUCCCAUUGGGUGUUCAGCCCAAAUUUGUAUAUUCAAUCAAAACUCAUUUGAGUUUUCAAGCCAGUGCUACACCCAUCGAAAUUUCCAGUCAUCUGGACGUUCAGUGACAUACGUUUUGAGAUAUUUUAAGACUCAAGUUACAAGUGUUCACUGUUGUUACUAAGAGCAAGGUGUGGAGAGAAAAGUGCUAUAUUCUUCUUAAAGCAAAGCCUUGCCUUCAGGUUCUGGAUAGUUUCUGGACUUGGUGUGGUAACCAGUAACUUGUUGCCCAAGUUGUAUUAAGGACUGUCGAAGAUGAAUCAUAAGAUACAUAUGGUCCUUGUUCAAGAGAGUUACUGCACCAAUUUACAUCAAACUUGGUGACAAUAUUUUGAAACAAACUGGAACAAAUAGUGGAAUGUUGUAUGUUGACAAAUGGUUUUUAUUCCUUGUUUUAUCUCCAUGGUUUUUAGUUUAUGAACCUGCUGUAAAUCUGCAUUAAUUAUAAAAAAAAAUAUUUAAUUUUAUCCAUAGUAAGGCAAACAUGUUUUAUGUACGUUUUCCAGAAUUAUUGUGUCAAUUUGCAUUUGAUUACCAGAUUUCAAGAACUGAAACUCUGUAAUUGAAGGGAAGGAGAAUGACAAGUCACCAUUUGCUGGCUACCCAAGCCAUUUUGAUGGUUUAAGAAUUAGUAUGUGAAUAUUUUAAACUUGUUUGCUUUUAUCUUCACUGGUUUUAUGAUGUUUUUAAAUCAAUCUCACAUAAAUCAGAUCUUUAUCAUGUUGAUUCACAAAUGGUGAUUAACCGAAACCUGCAACAAAUCCAGAUAUACCUUGUAUUGUGAUCCAUUGUGGAAGCAGAUGGUUGGGCUUUCAGAAUUGACCUGGUGAAUCUGAUUUUAAUAGAUUGUUCUCAGAACGAUUUAGAGCAGCUUCAUAUUUCUUGUGAUGUUCAUUGUCUCAUAUUACAUUUGCCAAAACAUUUUUGUCCAUAGAGCAUAAGUCAUAUUAUUUUCGUAUGGGUGUAACAAACGGUGAUCAGAUUGUUAUGCAUAAGUUAUAAGCUAUCACAUUUAUCAUAAUACAAGUCAUAUAUUAGUAUUUUCUGUAUGGGCAAGAUCUGACUGUAACUGAUCUUGUCAAGAAGCUUGAGGGACUAGUUUAAAUUCUGUCUGUACAGACAAUCUCCAGUCCUGGAGUUCCCAGUUAUGCUACUUUAUCCAUGGAAAUUAAUAGUAAAUCAAAACGUGUUGAGCAAGGAAUAUUGUGUUGGUGGAAUAUUGUGUAACUGUGCAUGGAAUGUUGAAACUUAUUUUUAAGAAUGAAGAAAAUCAUUUUCUUUGGGGAUACAAUCAUUCUGGGGAUGGAAUAUAGCUGGACUCGUCCUGGAGGAUCCUCUGAAUCUUCUUAGGGCCUGUUGUAUCAGGGAUGUUAAUUUAUGGCCCAGUGAGGCAAUUUGUCAGUUGGUUGUGGUGUUCUUAACAUGUAUGGAUAAAUGCUCUUUAUUCAAUAUCUGAGGGCCUGCCUCCAUGGCCUUGUGGAUAAGUGUUUGAAGGUGGUUUGAUCCCUGGUCAUGGUACUUUAUGUUGCCCUGCCUGGUCUGUCUUGACUCUGAAUACAGUAAUACAGUGUGGUGUCUCAGUGUUUAGCUGUGGGCUGGAACCAUCAAACCAGCUUCAGCAUGGACUGGUACAAGCAAGCAGGGUGAACGUUACGACAACCUUGGAGGGGUGGUGGGGUAGCAUAGUGGUUAAAAUGUUUGCUUGUCACGCCGAAGACCGGGUUCGAUUCCCGACAUGGGCACAUUAUGUGAAGCCCAUUUCUGGUGUCCCUGCCGUGAUAUUGCUGGAAUGUUGCUAAAAGCAGCAUAGAACUAAACUCACUCACUCUAACAACCUUGGACAUGGCCAGAACCCAAUUUCUCCAUACCUCUGCUCAAUAUCUGAGCAAUGGGAUUGCACCAGCAAAGAUUAAUGACUCUCAAUGUAUGAUCAUCAUUGGGUUAGGGUGUCAUGGAUAUUUGAAUCAACAAGUUUGGGGCUAAAUAGUUAAAUGAUGCAGUUCAAGAAUUCCAAGAAACAUGUUAACUCUCUGGCCUAAAGGGGUGGUGGGGUAGUCUAGUGGUUAAAGCGUUGGCUCGUCACCCCGAAGACCCGGGUUCGAUUCCCCACAUGGGCACAAUGUGUGAAGCCUAUUUCUGGUGUCCCCCGCCGUGAUAUUGCUGGAAUGUUGCUAAACGCGGCGUAAAACUAAACUCAGUCUCUGGCCUAAAUAUCAUGGCUACAUGGUUCUAUUACAUAUUUUAUUUAUCUACAAAUAGUUAUGUACAGUUCUGAAUAUGUGUCACCUGCAACGACUGAGCAUAAAUUUUAGGUAAGAAUGAAAUAAUUUAUUGGCUCAAGCAUGUUAUAAAAUUAUUUACUUUGUUUAAAUGAAGUUUAAAAUGGGAUAUGAACUUGUUUUUUAAAUUUGGGAUUUAAAUCUCACUGUAGGUUUCUCUUAUUUUAACACUGAACUGAGUGCUUUGGGUCAAUAUGUAGGCUAUCGAUAUAUUCAUAUGCAUGGUUUUUGUGAAAAAGCUUAAAAUGGAAAUUUGAUUAUUAUCAGAAUCAUGCAAUCAUCAUUGCUGUGGUAGAGUUGUGAUCCAUGGUGUCAAGUGUAUGGUUAAGAUACCUUGCCGUGUACCGGAUACACAGGAUGUCAUAGCCGCUCACUGUUGGAACAUGACAGAAGAACAUUAUGUUGCUCACAGCUCAUGUUCAGUUGUCCUUUGUUGUUGACUAUGACAUGAUGGAGAGUUGAACGUGUUGGUAAAAAAUGUAGCGUAAAAUAUUGCUUUUGUAGAUUUUGUAUAAAAAGACAAUCCAGAUUGACGAUGGCUUUAUGUUUGCUUGUUUUAUUGAAAACAGAACAGGCAAGACACGUGUAUGAACCUUUUUAUCUGUGUGUUUUCUUGUGCAAUUUUUGUGACGCAUCUUCAUCUGCAGUGCAAUCCAAACAUACUGCAGUUCACUUGUAGACCAUUUUUUCUGUUGUCAUUUUUCUUUGUUUUAAUUUUUCUGUUUUUACCUUUACACUGAAUGUAGAGUUGGUUGUGAGGGGUGCUGAUCAUCGUCUUGUCAAUUCAUUCUGUCUGUUAACAUUUCCCUCUGGGCCAUAAUUAAUCAUUAAUAUUACAUUAGGGAAAACAUUUCACACGUAAGAACUUUAUGGUGUAAAGGCGCCUGUGGCUUAUUUUUUGUUUUUAAAUGCCUUUGGCAUGGAAUCUGUUAUGAUGUAAUCUCAAAACCGUUCCAUAUUUUUAUUAAUGACAGUUUGCCAGACCACAGGGAAUGUGAUGACUUUGAUGUAAGCGUGUUCGAUAGUCAGUCUUUUUAAGUAUUAUUUUAUUUUGUAACUUAACAUUGAAAUCCAUUUUUUAUUUUUUCAGUAAUUCCUUUUGUGAGGAUUGCAAUAUUUUGUGCUUUUCACUUAAAUUAAAAGUGUUAAGUGUAUUGGACUUUACUUUUAGCAGCUGUUCUAAUAUUCUAUGUUGAUCAUGUUCUGUAUAUUUCAGUGUCAAUUCACAAUGACUAAUAUUAUGUUUUCUUGUAGGCUUUGGUUCUCCGUGAAACGUGUCUGUGUGUUGUGUUUUGGAUGUAUUUUCAUUUUGUAGAUUCUCUAGUCAGUAUGUUAUUUACAUAAUUAGUAAAAUUCUGCUUUUCCGUGACAAUUAGGGUAGUUAUGUCAGAAAAUAAUUCUUAGUCUGUCUCAAUAGGCAAUAUUAACUUUAAUCUUUUUGUUUAGAUGGAAGGAUGAUGUUCAAAAUAGUAUUCAGCGUUAUGAAGCAUCUUAUUGUGGGUGUCAUCAGGAAAGUGAACAUCAAUAUUUUGAAAUUAGCCGAAGUUGAAACUUGGUCGUUCUUGCAAACAUAAUUUGCUGUGGAAGAUAAACUUGCAAGAAACAUAAUCAGGUUGAGUGAAUAUAUUUGUUAUGCUGUACAAAUGCUAGUUAGAAGUUGUGUUGUGGAAAGCAUUAUCCUACAGUAAAACAGGCACAAUAUUUCUUUCAAAAUAUGAAGUAUGGUGAUCACGAGGGUCUUAACACGAAGAUAUGUAUGAACUAUAGGGGUGUUUGUAUUCUCAGCCUGAACCAAACUGGAUGAGGAAAUGUUUAUCAAGAUGUGGCCGAUGUGAUUGAACAGCCAUAUAUGCAAUUGCUGUACAUCAGACAUUAUCGAUUUUAUUACUUGUAUAACAGUGCUUAUUGAUGUCUUGUGGUUUUGUUAUCUCUACAUUGUCAUGUGUCUAUAAGAUGUUGUUCACAAUCACACAAUAUAUUGUUGGCCUUUUGUUUAUCAAUUUGAUAGUGAUAUCUGUUUUGGUUUAAAGAUUUCAAUUUUUUUUCCUACUCCAGUUUUAGAAUGUUGUAGGCAGCAUAAGUUCCUGCCGACUCGGUGGGUGAAAUACGCCAACAGACCCCUUCCAGGGGAAGAUUGAUUAAGCCGUGCGAGUGGGUUCAUUAUCCGCAGUGAAUCAGCAACGACUAGGCCAUGAAUCAGCAGAUGAUAAAUUCCCUUGUCUAGCUACCUCGAUUAAGUUUGUUUGUGUUUUCAGAUUUAGACGGCAGCAAAAUAAACUCAAAUUUCUAAGCCAUGGUGUUCAUAUUCACAAGAAAUUUGAUUUUGAUUUUCCUGUGAUAAAUAGCGUGGGGGUCAAGUCACUGCAAUGUUGAAACAAUUGUAAAUCUUUCAUAGGGAGGAUUUGUUGUUGUUUUCAUAUUCACGCUUUAUACCAGUGACUCCGAUCCCAACUAUUUCACAUUGUACAUAUGCCACGAAUGUUGAAUGUUUUUGAAGGGGGUAUGCAUUUAUUAGUCUUUUGUCCUGAGAGAAUAGUGCUGUUUGAUUCUCGUUAUGUGUGUCAAAUCACUUAGUUUUCAUUUAUUGAUUUUGUGCAUAAUUUUAUGGUAAACUUGAUCAGUGGAUGUAUACUAGUGAAAGGAAGUUACAGAACACUGGACUGUUUCAUACAUCAUGACAGAUUAUACAGUAUAACAGAUUAAUAAUAGUAUACGGAAGUGUCAAGUGUUCCUUAACUUCUUCUCGAUAGGAUAUUUUUCUGUGACACCAUGCUGCAUCUUGUCAACAUUUUUAUAUUAUGUGAAAAAAACAUAGGCCUUUGAUGAUGUCAAAAUUCCAUCACAGGUAUUUUUACCACUGAACUAUUUCUGAUGGAAACAAAUUAGAUUUUAACAAACGGUUUGGCCAACUGAGGACAUCCUCUUUUAUCCAGUGUGAUAUAUUUCUCCAUCCUGUUAUGACCCGUCACUCAGCUUCUGAUCUGUUUAGCUGGAAGCCAGCAGUCGAGUCUUAAUAGCAUGUAGAACACACAGGAAAAUGAAUUGGGAACACACAAGACUGCUGCUCUGGAGAAAGACUAGUAAUUAAAGGCAUUUAUUGUUAUUAUUAUUAUUAUUAUUCAGAUCUUCAGCUCAGUACUGGAAGUUUAGUCCCUGGUGGAUUUUUUGUAUGAAUUUAUAUCAUGUCAGCUAUUUUAGUAUUGUGAUAUUUAUUUUAAUUCUGUCAAAUCAACUUCAGGACAAAACAUUGCUGCCAAAUAGUUAUUUAAAAUCGUUCCACAUGAAGCUCACAUAGUAUGGUGUGAAGAUUAAAACAUUUACUUGUGGUGAGUUACUGCAACUGUGCCACCAUGUGAUAUAUAUUAUGUAUGAUCAAGUUUAUCAAUAAAAACCUCUAGUACA